CUUGUUAAUGUCUUGCGACAACUCCUCUUCAAGAACCCUCACGAGCCGCCAGUGGUUUUUUACUGGGUCCCUUGGAUCGGUAGCACCAUCAAUUAUGGCAUUGGACCCUAUAAGUUUUUCUUCGAUCGUCGCGCAAAGCGAAUGGUCCAUUUACCCUGCAUAUACUAUGGCGAUAUAUUCACUUUUGUCCUUCUUGGAAACAAGACGACGGUUUAUCUGGGUACGAAGGGCAAUGAUUCUAUUCUGAAUGGUAGGCUUCGAAAUGUCUGUGCGGAGGUUUACUUUCCCCUGACGACACCGGUCUUCGGACGCCAUGUCGUCUAUGAUUGCCCCAAUGCCAAGUUAAUGGAGCAGAAGAAGGUACUG